AUGCUGCCUAGAUCUCAAAUACCACCAUCGCAACAAGCUGGCGGCCGCGCAAAGAAGACCCAAGAUGCGGUGACAUCGAUAAUCCUCAGCCAAUGGCACAUUCUGCAACUCGUUGAAGGAAGGAUAAUAGCCAUUAAUCGCUUGGACGAUACAGUCGUGCUGGAUCAGGGUGUUUUGGAGCCUGGCCAGAGCGCUCUUGGGCUUGUUGCAGACAUCAAGAAGAACACGUACUGGCUUUUCACCACGCAAGAAAUAUUCGAGAUCGUUGUCACCGACGAAAGUAGAGAUAAAGACUCUGUGGCAACGGCAUCCGGCGACUAUCUGGUUGGAAAGGCGCAGUAUCUUGAGGCAGCCUCGGUGUACGGUCGGAGCACCAAGCCCUUUGAGCAAGUGGCUCUCACUUUCAUCGACAAAGGAGAACAAGACGCUUUACGGAAGUAUCUCCUGGCAAAGCUGACAACUCUAAAGAAGUCUGCUGUCAUGCAGAGAGUGAUGGUGGCUACCUGGCUCGUUGAACUCUACAUGGCGAAGCUCAACACUCUAGACGACACCAUCACAACCAAGGCCGAGCUCUCGGAGAGCAUGAACACAGCCGAAACUCAAGACAAACUGUCCGUGAUUAGGAAAGACUUCCAGGACUUUGCCACAAAGUACAGGACUGAUCUUGAUCGCAAGACGGUGGAGCGCUGGCAAGAGUCUCUGGACGUGCUUAAGAAGCAGACAAAUCCGGAUAUCUUUUACAAGUACAGCAGCGUCCUGAUGGAGCAUGUACCAGUAGAUCUCGUUGAGAUUAUGAUGAGGCAGGCUAACCUUGAUGCUCAAAAGCUCAUCCCCGCCUUUCUAAACUACAACAACAUCACGAAAGCCCCGCUGAACCUGAACCAGGCCGUGCGAUACCUUUCGUUUGAGAUCAACCAACAUCAAUCGACUGAUGCUGCCGUCCACAACACACUCAUAUCAAUAUAUGCCUCACAUCCGAUCAACGACGAAUCUGCGCUUCUCGACUAUUUGAAAGCACAAUCGUACGCCCACGAACAGAACUAUGACGCCGACUUCGCCCUCCGUCUUUGCAUACAGCAUAAGCGAGUCCAAAGCUGCGUCCACAUCUAUAGUUCCAUAAGCCAUACGACGAAGUCGAUCUCGCAAGCAGCGUCGCCGACCGGUCUGACACUGAGCCAGCACUGCGAGAAAAAACUCUGGCUUGCUAUCGCCAAGAAAGUAAUUUCCCAAUCAUCAGGCAUCAAAACCGCAAUCGAAUUCCUGCGUCGAGUCGAUUUGCUGAGGAUAGAGGAUUUGAUACCUUUCUUCCUGGAUUUUGUCGUGAUCGAUGACUUUAAAGAAGAAAUCUGCGCCGCGCUCGAAGACUACUCACGCAAAAUGGAUGAGAGUGAAGAAACCGCCGCACACAUUAAAACCGACAUCAAGACCCUCGGACAAUGCUACGCAAUUGUGGAGCCCGGAGAAAGAUGCUAUGUCUGUGGACUGCCGUUGUUGGCGAGACAGUUCUUCGUAUUUCCAUGCCAGCACGCCUUUCAUAGCGAUUGUCUCGCUAAAAAGGUCGUUGAGCUUGCGGGUAUUGCAAGAGGCAAGCGAAUCGCGGAACUUCAGAUGGAGGUUAGUAAGGGGGCGAGUGUGGGUGCAAAGAGGGAAAAGGCGAUUAGAGAGCUGGAUGCCUUGGUGGGGUCUUCUUGUGUGCUGCGUAGCGAAAUGGCCGUCAAGUUGAUUGAUGAGCCGUUUAUAUCUGCGACGGAUGAUAGAGAGGAAUGGGCGCUGUAG